AUGGCUCCCCUGUGCCCCUGCUCCUUGUUCCCUCUCUCGAUCCCUGUCCUAGCUUCAGGCCCCACUGUGCAACUGCUGCUGUUACUGCUGAUCCUGCAGCCUGCCCAUCCCCAGGGCCAGGCCCAGAAGCAAGAGACUCAGCUCUUGGGAGGAGAUUCAUCUGGGGAAGAUGAUCCUCUAGGUAAGGAAGAUCUGCCCAGUGAAGAGGAUCCACCCAGACAGGAAGACUCACCUGAAAUGAAGGCUGAGCCAGGAGCAGAGGACACGCUGAGGAUAGAAGAUCUACCAACUACUGUGUAUCCUGGGUACGCUCAGGACCCCAAGAAUAAUGCACACAGAGACCACAAAGGGGGUGACCACAGUUACUGGCGCUACGGAGGUGGCCCGUCCUGGUCCCAGGUGUCGGCAGCCUGCGCCGGGCGCUUCCAGUCCCCGGUAGAUAUCCGCCCCGAGCUCUCUGUCUUUUGUCCCGCCCUGCGACCCCCCGAGAUCUUGGGCUUCGAGCUCCCGUCUCUCCCAGAGCUACGUCUCCGCAACAAUGGCCACACCGUGGAGCUGACUCUGCCGCCCGGGCUGGAGAUGAACUUGGGUCCUGGGCAGGAGUACCGAGCCCUGCAGUUGCAUCUGCACUGGGGGGCUGCAGAUCGCCCGGGCUCAGAGCACACCGUUGGUGGCCACCAUUUCCCUGCCGAGAUCCACGUGGUCCACCUCAGCAAUGCAUUUGACGAAAUUGAGGAAGCCUUGGGGCGCCCCAGGGGCUUAGCUGUGUUGGCCGCCUUUCUGCAGGAGGGCCCAGAGGAAAACAGUGCUUAUGAGAUGUUGCUGUCACAUUUGCAAGAAAUCGCUGAGGAAGAUUCAGAGACGGGGAUCCCAGGACUGGACAUAUCUGCACUGCUGCCUUCGGAUCUCGGGCGCUACUUCCGAUAUGAGGGGUCUCUGACCACACCCCCAUGCGCCCAGGGAGUCAUCUGGACUGUGUUCAACCAGACAGUGAGGCUGAGUGCUAAGCAGCUCCACACCCUCUCUUCCUCCAUGUGGGGAUCUGAUGACUCUCGGCUACAGCUGAACUUCCGGCCUAUGAAACCUUUGAAUGGGCGAGUGAUUGAGGCCUCUUUCCCUGUUGCAGUGGACAGCACCACUAAGACUGCUGAGCCAGUUUCUCUGAACACCUCCUCCUGUCUUGCUGCUGGUGACAUCCUCGCCCUGGUUUUUGGCCUCCUCUUUGCUAUCACCAGCAUCCUCUUCCUUGUACAAAUGAGAAGGCAGCAAAGACUCCAAAGCCACACCAAAGGGAGUGCUAGCUACCACCCUGCGGAAGUCACCGAGACAGCUGCCUAG